AUGGACAACGGGUCGUGCUGCCUCAUCGAGGGGGACCCCAUCUCCCAGGUGAUGCCGCCGCUGCUGAUCCUGGCCUUUGUGCUUGGCGCGCUGGGCAAUGGUGUCGCCCUGUGUGGUUUCUGCUUUCACAUGAAGACCUGGAAGCCGAGCACUAUUUACCUUUUUAACCUAGCUGUGGCCGACUUCCUUCUCAUGAUCUGCCUGCCCUUCCGGACAGACUACUACUGGAGACAUAGGCAAUGGGCCUUCGAGGACAUUCCCUGUCGGGUGGCCCUCUUCAUGCUGGCCAUGAACAGGGCGGGGAGCAUCAUCUUCCUCACAGUGGUGGCCGUGGACAGGUACUUCAAAGUGGUCCACCCCCACCACAUGGUGAACACCAUCUCCAACCGGACUGCGGCUGGCAUCGUCUGCGCCCUUUGGACCAUGAUCAUCCUGGGGACUCUCUAUCUUUUGAUGGAGAACCAUCUGUGUGUGCAUGAGAAGACCAUAUCUUGCGAGAGCUUCAUCAUGGAGUCGGCCAACGGCUGGCACGACAUCAUGUUCCAGCUCGAGUUCUUCCUGCCCCUCGGCAUCAUCCUGUUUUGCUCCUUCAAGAUCGUUUGGAGCCUGAAGCAGAGGCGGCAGCUGGCCAGGCAGACUCGGAUGAAGAAGGCUACCCGGUUCAUCAUGGUGGUGGCCGUUGUGUUCGUCACGUGCUACCUGCCCAGCGUGUCGGCCAGACUCUAUUUCCUCUGGACGGUGCCCUCGAGCGCCUGUGACCCCUCGGUCCAUGUAGCCCUCCAUGUCACCCUCAGCUUCACUUACAUGAACAGCAUGCUGGACCCCCUGGUGUAUUAUUUUUCGAGUCCCUCGUUCCCCAGAUUCUACACCAAGCUCAAAAUCUGCAGUUUGAGACCUAAGAGUCCAGGACGCUCCAAGACCCAGAGGCCGGAAGAGAUGGCAAUUUCCAACCUCUGUGGCAAGAGUUGUGUCAGCAUGGCAAAUGGCUUCCAGAGCCAGCCCGACAUGCAGUAGGAUCUCCAACUGUGCCGAAUGGCGCUGAAACAGGCAGACAAAACCAAGGAGGACAG